AGGUCGGAUGACUGAACCCUCAGGCCGUAGGGUUAAAGAACAACCACUAUAUGUGUAUUUUAUGGAGCCAGCGUAGAAUGAGUCGCGAAGUGCUUGCGUCCUGGCUGCGUUUCCUUCUCCCGCGGAGCUGGCAGUAUGGAUCCAAGGCAUUCCGACCCACAGGUCCCCCUACCUGACGUAAAGCCCCCACAACCUGGCCUACAGCUCCUCUCACCUGCGCACAAUGAAGAAAGCGACGAACCUACAGACUUGAGCUCUGAGGAUACUUCGACUAGAGCUGAGUGCGGACUAACGAAGUGCCGGGGGUCGGACUGCAGCCCAAGCGCCCCUUCGGAAGGCUCUGCACGGCGGGUUCUGGAGGCUGUCAGCCCUCCUGCUCCAUCAACCUCUCCCCUCAGCCUGCCCGGUGUCAUGGAUGCUGAGGGCCGGGUCGACGAGUCAAGGCUGAGGAGUCACAUCUUAAAAAAUGGGGGCGUCUCUCCCGCGGAGCGCGGCCUGGUGUGGCGCUUCCUGUUCGGCAUGUACCCGUGCAGCUCCACGGCGGCCGAGCGCCCCCUCCUGGUGCAGCAGAUGGCGGUGCGCUACCAGGUGAUGAAGAGCAAGUGGCGGCAGUCGGUUCCUGAGGCGGUGCGCCUGCGACUCAACGGCACCGACGCUGAGUUGGAGGAGGCGGUGCGGUACCACGAGCGCCGGCAGGCCCUGCUGCAGGCCCAGGAGCAGCGGGGGGAGGUCAGCGAUAGGCUGGCGUUCCUCCAGCUCCAAGCCCAGGUGUUGUUUGAGCGGACGACCUUUGACCUGAAUGAACUGCAGGAGGCCAUCAGGAUCAUUGAUAAGGACGUGCCGCGAACCGACCGGGACCUCGACUACUUCCUGGGAGAAGGUUCUGGAAAUCUCCUGGUGUUGAGAGAUAUUCUAAUCACCUAUGCUGCUUUUCAUCCAGAGGUCAGCUACGCCCAGGGGAUGAAUGACCUGUGCAGCCGCUUCCUGGAGGUCCUGGACUCGGAGGUUGACACCUUCUGGAGCUUCUCCUGCUGCAUGGAGAAGUUCUCCAAGGACUUCAGAGCAGAUGGCCUCCAUAGAAAAAUAGAGCUGGCUGCGGCUCUCCUGAGGGAACUGGACCCUCAGCUCCAUGACCACUUGGUCACAGAAGGCAAGGAGAGCUUUACAUUCUGUCACAGAUGGCUGCUGCUGGGCUUUCAGAGGGAGUUUGAGCACGGGGAUGCCCUGCGUCUGUUUGAGGUCCUGAGCUGCGACCACCUGGAGCUCAUCUCGCAGCAGGUGGACCGCGCCCGCCACCGGGAGCGGCUGGCCCAGAAACACAGCCCAGAGGACACCGCCCCGGCACCGGCGCCCAGAGCCGUCAACGCGGCCUUCACCUUCGAGCUCUUCAUCUGCGCCACCAUCCUUAUCGACCACCGUGACGCUCUGCUCCGUUGCCGUGGCGACGGGCAGCUCAUCCAGUUCACCACACGCCUCCAGGGAACGCUGGACCUGGACAGCAUCCUGAGGAAGGCCGAGGAACACUUCUACAACUACUGUAAGCGCUGUGCGUGGGACUUUAUGAACGGCGGACGCCCGCCCAGCGGGAACAAGGAAGACUUCUUCUAUCAGCUUCGCAGUUUAUUCUUUUGAUUUGAUUAUGGAUAUUAUAACUGUAUAUCACAUGAAGUCCGACUUGGUGCACAGUGUUAAUGGACUGAAGAGGGAUGUAAAUAUUGGGAUUUGGGUAUGGUAAAUAUGAUAUCAGGUUCUGUCGUAGGAGUUUGAUCAUCUUAGUUUAGCUCAGUGAUUGGUUCAUUAUGCCUUGAAAAUAGCUGCAAUAUUAUAUAAUCGAUAUAAUCUAUUAAUUUAUAUAUCACAAAAAUAAUUGAAAUAUUUUUAUACUUUGUGUAUGGAUCUUGUAUAUACAUUUAUAUAUGGUACUUAUGUAUGGAUAAGUAUAACUCCUAAUGAAUAUAUAUUAGUACAACUUCUAGACUAAUAUAUAAAAUCGUAAACGAAUAUAUAUUAGUAUAACUUCUAGACUGAUAUAUAUUAGUACAACGUCUAGACUGCAGAUCGCUACUUCCGUACCUGAGUCCUAGCCUACAGUACUUAUAUUCUAUGUAGCUCUAGCGGCUAGAACACAGAGUGUGAUGUGCUACACCAGCUGCUGACUCGCUGGGUCAAAUGUAGGUUGCCGGCAUAAGAUAUGCAAUGCUGCCGGCCACAGGAACCAGAAAGGACUUCCAGUGGGGAGCACGAGCGGACCAUAGGAUUGUUUCACAAUGCACAAAGCGAUUGAAAUAAAGGUCAAUUUUUGAUAGUUGUUUAACUUUGCUGGAUGGAAAUGUGGUGUGUAUGUGGGUCACAGCGAUAAAGUCUUUUGAAGCGAUCUAAGCAUUCAGACGGGAGCUGGGGUCGGUUAUUAGCACGAAAUUGCAAAGUUCUCAGAAAGGAUGUUGAAAAUAAACGAAAGAGGUCGCAGUUUGUGGUGUUUUCAACCACUGUUGCAACUCUAUAAACAACAACAGGACGUGUUGGUUUGAACAUCCUCUCCUGUUCUAACCAGCUCGUGACAAUCCUGCAAUAUUUAUCUAUGUUUUCACAUAUAUUUCACACGGUACUUUCCCUAAAUAUUCUGAUGGUUCCAAGUUGUAGUCAUCAUAUGGUAAUCAUGUUUGUAGGUAAGCUACAAUGUAUACUGCUUAUUUUUUUAAAUGCAUUGGUCAUUCUAGUUGGACAGAGGUUGCUUUAAAAUAUAUUUCACUGUUUGCACAAUACAGCGUCAUGUCGGUUACACUAACUUUCAACAUUGAGACACAGAAAACGUCCAAAACAUAAUCGGCAGAGAUACUUCUCUAGAACCUUCUGAAUGUCCUGGUCGACUGUCGUCCUGACACCCUGGCCGGUCUGGGGAAUCCCCCGUCUCCUGGAUUGGGUCAUGACGGUCCUGCCGGGCCGGGUCACCACUCUCGGGAGGGGAUAAGUACCGGAGCGGCCAGUGAGAUCAGAAGCAACUGGAAACAAUAAUCAUAAAUAACAUCUCCUGAAAGACAGAGGUUACUGCCUGUUUCAUUCUGGAAUUAGAACCUGGUGUGGCUCCCUGCUUUAACAAGUCUGCAUUUAGGCAAGUUGGGGCUUGCAUGCUGCAAACCUUUCUUUAUCAACCAGGACAAGGUUCAUUUUGUCCCCUAUGUUGGUCCACUGGAUGUUAUAUAAAGACUGUGUUACAGUUUUGUUUUUUUGUUGUAAUAUAGGCCCUAUUUAUAUUUUAACAAUAUUUGUAUUUUCGUUUUCGAAUAUCGUGUGUUGCUGCUCGUGGUGUUGCGGUGGGUGAAGUGAUCUCUCUUGCGAUAGAGAAGUUGCAAUUCCCAUUUUCACGGAUUCUGAUGCAAUUGUGUUGUAGCUCCGUGCAACACGAUAAGAGGAACUAUCAGGAAAUGGUUGAGAAAUCGUCGGUGCGGUUUAUGUGAAAAAAGUGCAUUCUGCAGUCAGCGUGAAAAAAUCUGAUAUAUUGGCAGAGUCGGCUCCAGAGCAGAUCUACUGGAGGGGCAUGGGUCGCCAGCGGGGGGGCACUGCCUUUUGUGAAAUAUUUUAACGCAAAAAAAGGGGGAGGGCUGUCGUGGAUGCUAAACGCAAAUAAAUGGAGUUUAACCACCUCUGCUAUGUCAUAAAUAGUUUAUUCACAUCAACAGUUUAUGAACCUCCAAAAAAACAUUAAGUAGGCCUGGCACUGUUUAUAAACCUAGAGAACAGCCUCCACAAUAAUCAAAAACACCCCUGACAACAUAUAAGCUUUAAGCCCAGUUCAGACCAAAGAUUCACCUUGCAACGGCUUGCAACUCGCAACUCCUUGCGACUCGACGGGCUGCGACGUUCUAAAACUGGGCCGUUCACACCAUAGACAUCAUCAUCAUCAGCAACUGUGAACGCUCUGGCACAGCUGAGAGCCGCAACAGCAUUAUUUGCGUAGGUUAGGUUAGAUUAGUUAGGUUUGCAAUUAGUUAGGUUUGCAAUUAGUUUUAUUUUUAUUUUGCUUGAGAGUAGGCUAGAGUUACUGUGUUUUGUCAUUCUCCGGAUAUCGGAUAUUUUUAUGCUGGAGUGGACAGUACGGUACCGGGAGAGUAAGGCCGUGACGUACAAGUUGUUCUGUGCUGUGAUUGGCUGAAGAGAAAUAGUUAAAUUGCCGCGUUCUAAAACUGGACCUUGCGAUUUCCACAGCAUUAAGAAGACCCGUGUAAUAUAAGGGAUAAUGUAUAGAACGCCGGUCAUUAUCGGGAAAAUAAAUAAAAUAAUGACCUGUGGUAGGAGGGGUAUUAAUGACCGCUAGGGGGGGCACGGCCCCCAAAUGCCCCCCCUUAGCGCCGACACUGUAUAUUGGUCUCUAUGUCAUUUCUCAAUGGCAUAGAGAGACCAAUAUAUCCAAAUAUAUGAUAUAUAUAAAAUCACACUGAUAUUUAAUGUAUUAAUCAGAUUGACAUUGAACGUGUCGUUUUGGAAUGUUGAACGUAUAACACAAUAAAAUUGCAAAAAAUGACUGGUCUAUUUAUCUUGAAUUGAUGACGUGCUUGGAAGGAAUCCUACUACUCCAUGUAGUCCACAAAGUUACCAUGUUGAUAUGUGGUGGCUCAAGUCUCACGCAUUCGCAAUUCAACCCAUGCUCACACGCUCACACACCGCACUUCGUAUUUCUCACGCAGAGAAAUUACCAGGAUAGCGCCCACCAACUUGCGCCGCUAUUUUACAGAGGAACAGAUAGGAAUCAAAUGGUUUCCCGUACGUAGGGUAACCAGACGUCCUCUUUUGCACGGACAUGCCCUAUUUUUGAGACACUUUAGAAAAAAAUGUGUGGUGGAACUUCAAAAUCGUCCGGGAUUUUAUUAAAGCCUCAUACAUGUAGGCUACGCCCUCCCCCACUCAGUUCGGUUCGCUUUGCAUUGGUGGAAGUGAGUAGAGUGUUUAAGUAGAGCCUUCAGAUUGGACGGUUUGACAUACUGUCAUGUUUUGUAUUUAUUUUUUUACCAUUAUUGUUUUAUAGGGACAAACAUUAACACAUUUCUCCUACAGGGGAUUGCUAAAGUUCUAUCUAUUGAACAGAAAGAAACACUUGGUCAUACUUUACACACUUUACCAAUUGGCCUACUGGAUGCCACUGAUAGGCUAUAUUUUAAGCAUGGGA